AUGUCAUCUAUUGUUUCCAAAAGUGUUGAAAUAUUAUCCACUUUAUCGUUAGCGUUCAUUUAUUCAAUAUAUGGAAUAUUUUUAAGUAUUCUAAAAUUAUAUAAAAUCGGGCCAAAACGUUUUUUUAAUAAAAUUGAACGAUCAAAACCACCUAGACGAGCACUUGACAGCGAUUAUGGUACACAUGAGAUGAUGAAACUAAAAACUUCUGGUAUAACUUUACAUUAUGUAUCAAAAGGAUCAUCAAAUCAACCGCUGAUUGUUGUGGCAAUUGAUCAGAGAGGUUAUGGGUUAAGUUCAAAAUUACCGUCUGUAUCCGAUUACCGCGCUGAAGUGUUAGCGGCUGAUAUAGCUGAUAUGAUUCAACAAUUGGGUCAUUCUUGUAUUUUGGUGGGCCAUGAUUGGGGCGGUGCUAUCUGUUGGAUGGCAGCACAGAUAUAUCCACAUUUGAUUGAAAAAUUGAUUAUUAUGAAUUGUCCUCAUCCUCAAGCAUUUCGUACGACCAAAUCAUUUGCACAAAUUCGUCGAUCUUGGUACAUGUUUUUUUUUCAAUGUCCAGUAAUUCCAGAAAUAUUUAUUCACUCAGAUGAUUUUUCAUUCCUUGAAGAAGCGAUGGUAGAACAACCAAUGGGAAUAGUUAAUUCCAAUAAUAUUGAAAAAGAAGAUCUAGAAGUUAUGAAAUAUUCAUUUGCACAAAAAGGUACAGUAAAAGCAGCAAUUAAUUAUUAUCGCGCAUCAUUUCGAUAUAGAUCAAAACAUUCCGUUCACGAACCUAUUACCGUUCCUACAUUGCUCAUAUGGGGCGUUUUGGAUCAAGCUCUUGGUGAAGAAUUAGCUGAUGCAUCCACAAAUUAUUGUCAUGACAUUCGCUUAAAAAAGAUUCCAAAUGCUAGUCAUUGGGUUCAACAGGAUGUACCAGAUCUUUGUCACAAGUAUAUGGAUGAAUUCUUAAAUGAAGAAACAAACUAA